GACUUUUUGCUGGAACUUCUAGCGGCUGUGAAACGCACUCUACAUAAUUCCCGCAGUCGGUAGGAUAAGUCGAAGUAGUUAUUAUACGUCUUGAAACCAAAAUCGUCUCCAAGCGGGCCAUAUUCAGCGGCUUACACUUUUAAGUGUUUUAUUUAUUUAUCCGAAUCGACGAACGUUGCCGAGGACGCCCUUAGAAAUCAGUGUAACGAAAAGCCAAAACAAAUAGAUUAACUUACACAUGUACGACCUUGGGUCUACUAUUCACACUACCAUCUUCUACUAUCAAGCUCUUUAGUUCAGAGAACACGCCACUAAACCGAGUUAUGACAGAAAGUGAAAUUUCAAUUAUGGGAAGUAUUUCGUCUGCUAGCACGCUUAUAAUAACUCCAUUUUGUGGUUAUGUAUUGGACGUAUUAGGAAGGAAGCGUGCCUUAAUUAUUUUAUUUUCGCCACAACUGCUGGCAUGGAUAUUAUUGGUUACAGUAAAAAGAGUUGAAGGGGUUAUUUGUGCGAUGUCUCUCUGCGGUCUUGGUGGCUCUAUAUUUCCCAUCAUUCCAGUCUACAUCAAUGAGUUUUCUGAGCCAUCCAUCAGAGGCGCCCUAAGUUCUAGUGGUAUAAUCUUCCAUGGAUUAGGAAUGUUAUUAUCUUAUGGGCUAGGUGGUAUGGUACACUAUAAUACAUUGAACUAUAUAGGACUAAGUUUGGCCGCCAUUGGUAUGGUAUUGUUCGUCUUUUUAAAAGAAUCACCCUUGUAUUUAAUGAGGAAGGGUUUGGAUAAGGUAAGGUUUAUUCUUUUAGUGAAAUCGAAAAGUACUAGGUGUAUCACAGGAAUAUAUGCUGGAUAUUACACGUUUCAGGAAGCUGCUAAAUCCAUUGCCUAUUAUAAAGGAGUUGAGCUUGAUUCUAUAGAAGUCAUAACACAUCUAGAGAACUUAAGACAACUUAUAAAAAACAGUGACAUAAAAUUAAAUGACAUCCCCGAAAUGGAGAACUUAAAUCCGGAAACGAAAGCAACUCGGAAAAAUGUAUCAAUUUUAAAAUUUUUCGGAAAUUCACCUUCUUCUCGUCGUGCAUUUACUGUACUACUCGUUCUUUUUACCACAUGUGUAUUUCAAGGCUUGACUGUAGUACAAGUAUACGCAGAACCUCUAUUUGCGACUGCAGUUCCGAGCAUGUCAUCAACUGUAUCGUCCGUUUUAUUUGGCUUGACAAUGAUAAUAACUGGCUUCUUUGAAGCCCUCUUAAUCGAAGCAGUUGGCCGAAGAGCGUUACUAAUAGGCUCUUCACUGGUCACUGGUCUGUUGUGUCUAAUUUUAGGCACGCAAAUACAAUUUCAGUGGGGUCCAGGCUGGAUGACAGCAGGUUUAAUUUAUAUUUAUGCCAUGACUUAUACUUUUGGAGCUGGUGUAGUACCUUACGUUUUAAUGGGAGAGGUAUUUCUUCCUCAGAUCAAAAGUUUUGCCACCACCUUUAUUUUUGAGUGGUCUUAUUUUUGUACCUUUAUAAUGCUUUUUAUGUUUAAUCCACUCUUCAACGCUUUUGGUCUGGGAGCAAUCUUUUUUAUUUUCGCCGGUUUUUCUUUCUUCACGGCGGUAUUCACCUUCUUUUAUCUUCCAGAAACAAAAACCUGGUCAGUAGAUGUAAUUCAACAAAAAUUUAUGCAAAGGAAAAUAUUUUAAGUAAUUACUGUUAUAUUGGACUUAGGAAUUUUUACUUGAAAUGGGUGUUGAGUGAAUUAAAAUAAUAUAAUGUGACUAUUCUUGAGCUUAAAAAACCAUGAGAAUUAAUAUUUUAAAGAACAUUUUAGACAUCAUUUUAUACAACAUAAUAGAUCUAGGUAAACUAAUUUAUAAUUUCUACAUAAUUAUAUAUAUUUUUAAGAACCCUUUUUCAACAAUAGUUUGUUUAUUAUAUUAUUAUUUUAUAUAAUUUAUUUUGUGAAAUGCUUUGAAGGCUUCGCUUAUAUUUAUACCAUUUUUUUAAAAUAAAUCUUAAUCAUCCAACCUGUAUUUUUUGAAUAUGUAUAAUUGUGACGUAGGUCUUUAAAUCACAGAAUAUUUUAAACACUUUUUCUUAAUAGCGUUGGCAUUUGUGAAAACUAUUAAAUAUCAAUUCCAUUUAUCAAUAAAUUUUUAAUUCUUAAAGUAAUAAACAUUUGUUUUAACAAUAUAGAAUUAAAUACAUUUCCUAUCUUUAUAUCCUAUUUCCAUUGGGAUCUCCAACCUCCUACGAUAGCAACACACUUCAGGAUGAUUUCAAAAGUGGUAGAGCCUAGCUGUAGUCAUGUAACUACAGAUCGAACAUGAGAUGGCUCGACCGGGGAGGUACCACCCAUUCACAGAAGAUCGGCGUGAAGUAGACUUUAAUGGCUGCGUUUCGUCCGAUGAGUGGGAGAGCCGGUUGACCUUUCCCUAUUCCCACCUUCUCCUGAUAUUCCUUUAUUCCCACCCCUCCCUAUUCUUAAAAAACCAAGGUUGGCAAUCUUGGUCCAUGGGCAACGGUAGUUACUGCCCACCAACUAGGCCGUCUUCCAGUUUGUCACCUUUAACAUAAAAAAACAUAUUUCGAGACGCGAUAAUAUAUCCCAACGCGUUAAUAGUCAAAACGUGCAAAUAUUUUCCGGUCUGCACACUCCCCGAUAAGUAAUAUGUCCUUUUGAACACUGACGACAAAAUAGCAAGCGACAACACAGACAUGAAAACCCUCAGGACAAACCAGCGAAGCCUUCGCCAGCGAAGACCAGAUCACGGUUCAUUCAUGUUGGACCGGCGUUCUGUCAUCGGAGGACGUCAUGCAGUCGUAUCACCUGAUGACGCCACCCAUCCUUCAACGAGGUCCUAAGUAGAGGUAUGGGCUUUUAAUGAUACCUUUGGGGUGGUAGCACCGCCCCCUACCCCGAGCUCUCCGGGCCCUAAUUUAACGGUUAGGUUCCAUCGGGCCACCCACCCCUUCCGGUGGCGCUGUCAAAUCCAUUAUGACUAACAGAUACAGUCAAGUCGAAACUAAAUUUACAAAACUGGUAUAGUUAGUCUGUCCUCGGAUUGGACCCAAUACAGAGCUCUCAGCUCCCUCCAAAAUUGUCGGUUUGCUUGGUACAAUGGGGUGUUGUAUAUUGUGAAGCUGCAUCAUUGCGAUACGCUACUCGUGAGUGUAAUAUUUAAUAUAGCAAGGGUUCUGUGUAUGUUGUGUAGGUUUUAGUAUUAAUUAUAUUAUGUUCUCGACUAUAUUGUAAGUAACUUAAAUAAAUUGAUUAGAUUAGUAAA